UUUAUUCUAGUGACGUGUCGAGGCCUGAAACAGCAAGACUUGGAUGAAGCAAGUCUAAUUUACGCUCUGAGAAGCGAACUAAACUCACAUCUUUAUUAACAAUUACUCUAACAGUGCCAGUAAGAUUUGGAAAGCUGGUGUAAAUCCAAAACGACCUCGUAUCGGGCUGAUCUAGUGAUCAAAACACACAUUGAGGAUGGGUGGAAAUUCUUCAAAGGAAAACAAGGAAAAGAAUGAAGAACCUCCUAUCCAGGCCCCACGAGCAAAUCUUAUGGAAGACACGAAGUAUGUUCUUCUUAUUCACAAAUCGGAUACCGAAAAAAAAGAGGAAAUAGUUGAAAACUUUCAAGAUGCUAUCCAGGACAAAGCGAAAGGGUCUGUAGAGUUCGUCGAGAAUGUGAAUAUUAAUAAAGAAAAUUACAAAAGCAAAUUGAAAGAUGCUUCUUGGCUAGACAAAACCAACAACGUCGUCUUGAUAAGCUUGACAUCUGAGGCAAUUCCCGCAAUAAAAAGAACAUGUGAAGAAAGAGGUUAUGUAAAUGAUGGCGUGGUACAUAAAAAGGUGUUCACAGUCUCGUUUGGGCCAAGUUUGGAUUCCCAGUGGCCUCCGCAAGGCGUUUUAAACGCCGCUGAAGAUGCACGACACUUUGCGUUUGAGUUUGAAGACGUUGAAAACAUCACCUUUAGCGAUUUUGUGAACUCUGGCAAAAUUAAAGGCUUAAUUGGAGCUAUUCAUAGUGUAUAAUGACUUCUGAUGGACCUUUUUUAAGCAACAUUGUCUGUAGUGUAAUUCCAGGAAUUAUGACGUUCACAAGACGCUGUUGAAAAAUUGAUUGAAAAAUAACAAUUAACUGAAGGGUGUAAUUAGUUGUUCAGGUGACAUCCACCAAAUAAAGUUUUCAUACUAGAAA